AACCAACUAGGCAACCAACGAAACGAUCCUCUUCUAUCGCCAACAUGUCAUUUGUCACUUGUCUAAUUUUUUAGCAAAAGAAAUGUUAAAAGUAAACAUUUUAAAUUUUUAAUUAUUAUAAAUAAUACCGAUAUAAUAGAAACUAAAAAUGUUAAGAAAUAGUUUAAAAUGUUUGUUGAGAGGAAAUAUCUAUUUGGGAAAUAAGAUUACUAGAAAUAUAGGACUGGUACCCAUAGUAGUAGAACAAACUGGCAGGGGUGACCGUGCAUAUGAUAUUUACUCAAGAUUGCUCAAAGAAAGGAUUAUUUGCCUUAUGGGACCAGUCCAUGAUAAUAUGAGUUCCCUUAUAGUUGCUCAAUUACUGUUUUUGCAGUCGGAGUCUUCCACAAAACCUAUUCAUCUGUAUAUAAAUUCACCGGGAGGAAGUGUGACUGCCGGAUUGGGAAUAUAUGAUACCAUGCAAUAUAUAUUGCCACCUAUUUCUACUUGGUGUGUUGGACAAGCUUGCAGUAUGGCAUCAUUAUUAUUAGCUGCUGGUACACCAGGUAUGAGACAUUCCCUUCCAAAUGCUAGGAUUAUGGUACACCAACCUUCUGGUGGUGCACAGGGCCAGGCAACAGAUAUUCAAAUUCAAGCACAAGAAAUUAUGAAAUUAAAAAGUCAAAUAAAUCAGCUGUACGUUCGACACACCGGACAAGACUUGGCUGUUAUAGAAACAAGUAUGGAAAGAGAUUAUUUUAUGAGUCCCGACGAAGCCAAAAAAUUUGGACUGAUUGAUAAAGUGCUUGUGAAACCUGCCAAAAAUGAAGUAGAGUCAGCUGAAGCUGAAAGUGUAGAAUAAAUAAAUUUUUCAUUUGUGUAUAUAUUCUUAGGCUAAGGCCAGACAGGCGAUAAUUUACGGCGCCGUAAGAGCAGUAAGCGCUGUAAAAUGAAGCGGCAGUAGCUGCAGUAAAAAGCAUAGCCAGACGGGGAUGUAAAUUACGGCGUGUCGUGAUAUGUAAAUACAGUGUUUUGGUCGUUGUUGUGGCUAGAUGAGCUACAAAUUUGGACCCAGGUCCAUUCGUUUGCAACACACGCCGAAGAUGGGCCUGUUCGAUGUUGCUGUGCGAUAUUUUACAGCUCAGUCUGGCCAUCCACUACUCUCACCGUGGACCCAUUUUCGCGCUUCAUUUUACGGCUCUUACGGCGCCGUAAAUUAUCGCUUGUCUGGCUUUAGAUUUAUAAUAAGUUACAAAGUUCUGUUAAUUUCUUGUUCUCAUUAUUUGUAUUUAGGUAUUUGUAUUUUCAUAUUAGGCAAAUUUGACAUAGUUUAAUAUAAACUCUCUUUUUCAAACUA